AUGACGUCGAUACUCGAGCACGCAUCGCGUAUCGCGAUUGUGCCCGUAUACGUCGCGGGCGCUGCGUCCGUAGCUCUUGCCGUCUACCUUCUUCUGCUUGCCGUCUACCGUCUCACACUACACCCUCUGGCCCGCUAUCCCGGUCCUUUUCUCGCCAAAAUCACUCCCUGGAGGGACGUCUACCACGCCUGGCGCGGAGACAAGCACCUCGAUUUUUACGAGCUGCACCAACGCUACGGCCCUUUCGUCCGCUAUGGCCCGAACACCCUCUCUAUCAAUGAUCCGGCUGCGCUGAAAGCCAUCUACGGCCACCGCGCCAAUGUGCGCAAAUCCGACUUCUAUCUGGCAUUCCCUGCCGCUCCGGGCGUCUUCAGUACCCACACGGCCCUCGACCGCCACGCUCACGCCCGGAAGCGCCGCGUCAUGUCGCACGCCUUUUCCGACGCCGCCCUUAAGGGCGUCGAGGACUACGUGCUCGGCUACGUGCGAUCUUUUGUCGGCAAGCUUGCUGGUGGUGGUCAGGGCGAUGCUGGUGUUUGGUCUCCUGCCCGCGACGUGUCUGAGUGGAGCACUUAUUUGGGAUUCGACGUUAUGGGAGAUCUGUCGUUUGGCAAGUCAUUCAACAUGCUCGAGGGUGACGUGCCUGAGAACAGGGAGGCUGCCUUCUUGCUGACGCAGGCGGCAAAGAGGCACAAUAUCACUGGACCGAUGCCUUGGCUCCACCAGUCCGGCCUGGACAGGAUUCUAUUCCGCAAGAUCAACCAGGACCGCGACAAGUACCUCGCCUUCAGCCGCAAGCAGGUGGGACAGCGCACACAGAGCGAUGUGUGGAAGUCUGACCGCAAGGAUUUCUUCUAUUACCUGCUCAACUCCAAGGACCCCGAGACUGGCCAGGGCUUUGGCAAGGCUGAGCUCUGGGGCGAGAGCAACACCCUGAUCAUUGCUGGCUCCGAUACCACCUCCACGACCCUCACCGGAGCCAUUUUCUACCUCCUCCACAACCCCUCCUCGCUGGAACGCCUCACUACUGAAAUCCGCAGCACAUUUGCCUCCGCCGAAGACAUCCGCUCCGGCCCCGCCCUCAACGGAUGCAGCUUCCUCCGCGCCUGCAUCGACGAAGCCAUGCGCCUGUCGCCGCCCGUCGGCGCUGUGCUGCCGCGUGUCGUUCUCGAAGGCGGCCUCAAUGUGCUCGGCCACCACAUUCCGGCAGGCACCGGAGUCGGCUGCCCUAUCUACGCCCUGCACCACCACGCCGAGUACGUGCCCGACGCGUUCGAAUACCGCCCGGAAAGGUGGCUUGCGACGGAGAGCGCGGGCGGCGAGGAGGCAGUGAAGAGGCUGCACGACGUCUUCAAUCCCUUUAGCAUUGGUCCCCGCGGCUGCAUUGGCAAGCCCAUGGCGUAUAUGGAGCUGAGCCUGGCAUUGGCGCGGUUGGUUUGGGCCUUUGAUAUGAGGCUGGCGCCUGGUGAGCUUGGCAGGAUCGGAGAGGGCCGCAAGGGCUUGGGCAGGGGCAGAGAAAGGGAGACCGAGUUACAGUUGGAGGAUAUCUUUGUGAGCAACAAGGUGGGUCCCAUGGCACAGUUUCGUCCGAGGCAAUAUUGA